AUUUUCUUAGAGAUGACUGAUAAGAGCGAGGACAGCAAAAGAGCUGGGUACGAUAAUAAAUUAGCGGAUAAAAAUUUAGUCCAGGUAAGAAUCUCUUUGGCAAAUUUGGCAAUAUCUUUAGGAACGAAGGAAGAACAAAAAUAGCGAAAAUGUGGUCAGCCUGGAUAACCUUGCGAAAAGAGUUUCAAAUGUGCUAAAAUAAACUACAGAAUUCAAAGAAAUUGAAUUCUAUAAAGAAGCAGAGGGAUAACCUCAUGGAUAAACUUGACAAACUUUUGGCGUCUCUUCAGACACAUGAUUCUUAUAGUUUUGAGUCCAUUCCGCGCUUUCAAGGGAUUCUGAUAGAACUAAACAAUGAAUUACCUUAUAUUGAGAGACAUAUUGAGAGAAUGGACAGGGCUAAUGUCAUUAAGCGGGCUUUUAUCAAGAAAAAUGUUACAAAGAAAUUCAAAGAAAUAUCUGAACGGAUUUCUGGAGUCACCAGGACAAUUAAUAUUUUCGAGGUGAAUGAGCAAACAGACUUUGGCAUUGUUGAAAAGGAUAUUAAAGACGUCCAACUUCAGAUGGACAAGCUUGCUGAUAAUAUCAAGGAGAAUAAUGAGAAGAGGGAUUUGGACAAGGUUAUAAGACAACCAACCCGCCCUCGUAAUAAAAAGUCAACUCUGGGCAUUGAGGAGAAGAAAAGUGUUGACUCCACGAAAGGGCUUGGGUCUGCCAUUCCUAAAAAUACUAAAGCUGAACAGCUCCUUCUAGACGGUCACUGCUAUUUUUAUGGAGAAGGGACUAAGAAAAAUUUUGAAAAAGCAGUAGAUCUUUAUGAAGAGAGUGCUAAAUUAGGUGAUCUCAAUGCAUGUAUGGCACUUGGGGACUUUUACGAAAGUGAUCUUCAACACAGGGCUGAUUAUGAGAUGGCAGCUUAUUAUUACAAAAUAGCCGCUGAUUUGAAUCAGCCAUAUGCUUUAUAUAAGACAGGCUAUUUUAUUGAGAAAGGAUUCCAUAAUUACAACACAGAUGAUGAGGCAAGAAUUGCUAUGUUUAGGUCUUACAAGGCAGCAAUGGAGCUUGGGAAUACUGAGGCUACACUAAGAUAUGCUCAGAUCUAUGAAAAAGGAGAGCAUAGCGUCAAAGUUGACAAAGACAGAGCCCUCAAGAUCUAUGAGGAGGUAUCUUUUGAUGACCAGGCUCUCAACAGUAUUGGAGCUAUCCUUUAUGAAAGAGGUCAGUAUAAAAGAUCAGCUGAAUAUUUCAGAAAAGCAUCUGAGAAAGGGAAUAUUGAGAGUAUCAGCAAUCUAGGAAUAUGCUAUGAGCUUGGAAGAGGUGCUCAUAAAGACGUGAAUAGAGCAUAUGAGCUAUAUGAAGAUGCUGCUAAAAGAGAAAAUCCACAGGCAAUGUCUAAUCUGGGAUAUCUUCUUUACAAGAAAGGAAAAGUGAGCAAAGCACAGAAGGUGUUCCUUGAAGCUGCCAUGUGGUUUAGGAUGUCAAUUACAGAAGAUUAUUCUAUCAGAGAUUCACAUUUUUACUUAGGGAGCAUGCACCAUAAUGGAGAAGGUGUUGAUAAAUGAUACAAAUCAGCAUUUAAGUAUUAUAAAGCAGCUGCAGAUUUAGGUCAUGAUAUUGCUUGAGAGAAGCUUGGAAAUCUCUGAUAUUCUGGGUACGGAUGAAUCAGACCAGACAAAACUAAAUCUUUCCAGUGGUACACACUUGGUGCAGAUAGAGGAAACACUCAAUGUUUAAACAAUAUGGGACUGAUGGUAGAAUCAGGAUUUGAUGCCUUCAUUCCUGAUCCUGUGAAAGCAGAAGAAUGCUAUCAAAAAGCCCAUGAAAAUCACAACACAGAUGCUACAUUUAAUCUAGGAUUGUUAUAUCUGAAUUCGCAUAUCUUCGAUACUUCUGAAGAGGAGGCAACCCAAUUGAUCUAUAAUGCAGCAAUGGGAGGAAAUACCAAGGCUCAGAAUCAUCUUAUCAAUAUUGGUUAUGUAAAUAAUAAAAUUGAGUUCAUCUCCAAAGUACCUGAUGAAGAGAUUUAUGAUUCUGAAGAUGAAUACGAGGAAGAAGAAAGUGAAGAAGAAGAUAUUGUCAAGCAGAUCGAUUUUACAAAAUCCAACAUAGAUGUAGACCCUGUUGCAGAGAACAAGGCUAAAAGAAUCAGGAAGUCAAUGCCAAAUAUUCCUUAUGCAGAGAAGGACCAAGCAGAAAUGAUAAAGAACCUACCUGGACAGAUUAAGAAGAACAAGGAUAUGAAGAGACUAAAGCAGAAGGAGAUAUUGAAAGCAAUAGAUGAUGUGGAGAAAGAGAACUCAAUCUUAUCUAAGAAUUUGAAACAAGAUAUCCUCAGGAAUAAAGAUGAAGAGGAAGAAGAGCCUCAGCCAAAAGUCAAAAACUCAGAGGCUAUUAAUAAAACUAUCUCUAAAAAUAAGCCCAAAGUGCAAGACCAGAAGAAGAAAGACAAGGUUGUGAAGCAAAAGAAGCGGAAGGUGGUAGCUGUCUAACCAUCGGUCUUCA